CCCUUGGACCAUCGCAAACGAAAAGCCUUCACUCUCUUCUCGUGUCAAAGCUCCCCCCUUUCAAUAAAAUAAAAUAAAAAAAUAUCCCAAAAUCUCGAAGCGAAACCCUCGGUCGAAUCCUGCAAUCGCCUUCAUCUUCAAUGGCGAAGCUGUACGUGGAGACUCGGCCGCCGGCGGAUUUGAACAAGAACACGGAGUGGUUCAUGUACCCGGGGGUUUGGACCACGUACAUCCUCAUCCUAUUCUUCUCAUGGCUGCUCGUCCUCUCCGUCGCCCGUUGCUCUCCCGGCAUGGCCUGGACCGCCGUCAACCUCGGCCACUUCGCUGUAACUUAUCACUUCUUCCACUGGAAGAAGGGAACUCCAUUUGCUGAAGACCAAGGCAUCUACAAUACAUUGACUUGGUGGGAGCAGAUGGACAAUGGCAAGCAACUCACACGUAAUAGAAAGUUUUUAAUGGUUGUUCCUGUUGUCCUGUAUUUGAUAGCGUCCCACACAACUGAUUACCAAAAUCCAAUGCUUCUUCUGAACACAGUUGCAGUGAUUGUCCUGGUGGUUGCCAAGCUCCCUAAUAUGCACAAAGUCCGCAUUUUUGGAAUCAAUGAGCACUGAUAAUGGUACACGAACAAAUGAUUCCUCAGUUGAUAGCAUGCUAGUUUAUAUCUUUAUCUUUAUACGAUCCCGAGCAAACUAGGGCUGCCGUGCAUGUGUUAUAUUGAUAAUCUCUGUACAGAUAUAAACUUGAAGGAUUCAGAGGUGAUGUUGCUGUGUUUGUUGAAUAAUAUGUUAAUCAUCGUGAUACAUCUGUGUUAUAAUAGACUAAUAGCAUUGUAUGUGGUAGCUUGUUUUGUAUAUUUGCCUUCUUAGUGUUGAAUUGGAGGACUUUGUUUUCUUGUUUAUGACAUAAUACUGUGCAAAAAACUAUUGUUGAUUACUCUUUUUGUUCAUUCA